CGUGAACGUGUGCUUUUAUUUUGAUAAAAGGACAAGUUUCCGGAAGAGGUCUUAAGUUCCGGAAAGGAUUGUGCUUCGCAUACCGAUAAAUAAUUCACCUUCCUGGUUUGAAGACUACCUUGUCAGGAGGAAAUUGAUCUGAACCAUCUGAAGCAGAAUACAGAGACUGUGAGAAAGUCAUCAGGCAGUCUCCUUAUGUCAGGCCGAAACGGGUCUGCAAGUGAUGCAGACUGCCGGAUCUCUGAGGACUGCAGUGUCCCAGAUGUUGAGCUGAUGGAGCUGGGGCCACUGCUGGAGGAGGGAGGGGGGCGACAGGCAGCUUCUAAAGGCAUCCACCCAGAGGGAGCCGCAAUGCUUGCUGAUAAGGAAGAAGAGGAGGAUGAUGAGGUGGGAGAAGUCCUGACCUUACCACUUCAGGCUCACCAUGCCAUGGAGAAGAUGGAGGAGUUUGUACACAAAGUUUGGGAGGGGCGCUGGAGGGUCAUCCCUUUUCAUGUCCUGCCUGAAUGGCUUAAGGACAAUGAUUACCUCCUGCAUGGGCACCGCCCCCCGAUGCCCUCGUUCCGGGCCUGUUUUGGAAGCAUCUUCAGAAUUCACACUGAAACAGGAAACAUCUGGACUCACCUGUUAGGGCUGAUCUUAUUCAUUUGUCUGGGCACAUUAACCUUGCUGCGGCCCAACAUGUAUUUCAUGGCCCCGCUGCAAGAGAAAGUGGUGUUCGGGAUGUUCUUCCUGGGAGCUGUGCUCUGCCUCAGCUUCUCCUGGCUUUUUCAUACCGUCUACUGCCACUCUGAGAAAGUGUCUCGCACCUUCUCCAAGCUUGACUACUCGGGCAUUGCCCUCCUGAUCAUGGGCUCCUUCGUGCCCUGGCUGUACUACUCGUUCUACUGUUCCCCUCAGCCUCGACUUAUCUACCUCACCAUUGUAUGUGUCCUCGGUAUCGCUGCCAUCAUAGUGGCCCAGUGGGACCGGUUCUCUACACCUCGUCACAGACCUACAAGAGCAGGUGUGUUCAUGGGUCUUGGACUAAGCGGCAUUGUCCCCACCAUGCACUUCACCAUCGAGGAGGGCUUUGUUAAGGCCACCACAGUCGGCCAGAUGGGUUGGUUCUACCUGAUGGGUGCCAUGUAUAUCACUGGUGCUGGUCUGUAUGCAGCCAGGAUCCCGGAGCGCUAUUUUCCUGGCAAGUGUGACAUCUGGUUCCAUUCUCAUCAGAUUUUUCAUGUCCUGGUCGUGGCAGCGGCGUUCGUCCAUUUCUACGGGGUUUCUAACCUGCAGGAGUUCCGCUACGGCCUCGAGGGAGGAUGUACCGAUGACACUCUGCUCUGAGAGGCUUGACUGUGACUUACUCAUACUUUUCUUUAUAGUCACACACACACACACACACACACACACACACACACACACACACACACACACACACACACGUAAAAUGCUGCUGGAAUUCAAUAUAGUCACUUAUUGCUCCUUCUGUACUUCUGAUUUGCUAACAUCUUGUUUGGGUGGUCUUUCUGUUUGGCUCUUUUUUGCUCCAAUAAAGUAGCAUUAACUAGCCACUGAACUACAGAUGGAAUUGUCAACGGGCACUACUUCUUCAAUAAUUAUGAAGCUUGAAGUCUCAUUUUAAAGUAAGAUCAAAAUGGGAAUUUUAACCAAAAUCAUAUAUUAGAAACUCACUAGUACCCCAACUUCUACAACAUAGUCUCUUACCAUUGCACAAAGAGUAUAAAGUAUUAUUUGUGCUGUAGCAGAGGGCACAUACAGCAGACCAUUCCUUUCCUCCCUCCCAGUUUCCAUGCAGGUUAGAGGAUGAAUGUACUGUCCACCAGGGGUAACGUGUAGAGCAGUCCAGGAUUGUUUAGGUGCUUGACAGGCUGCACACAUAUUUGUAUGAGGAAGAUGAAAUUAAACACACAGUGCGAAUAGAUGUUUUUGAACUUUGCUGACACUGAUUGUGCAGCUGUCUGUUAAACCCCGGGGACCACCACAAACCCACCCAGGCCCACUCUGCAAUAAACCAUGAACUGUACUCUGAAGGCCCAGUGAACGCUCUAAAAUUACAAUGAAAUAAAUACAUUAAUAUGAAAGGAACAUACAGCUUAAAACCCCAUAUAUAUGAUCUAUAGAUGUGUCCAAGUUGCAUUGUAUAGUGAUGAUUAAAAUUCAAGGGUAAAGUCUAAUUCUUAAACAAACAGAAGUUUAUUUGAACUUUUAUGCUGAAAUUUGUAGAUGUUCCUUGGCAUUUGAUGCAUUGUUUCAAUUGACAGAAGUCCCAAACAAAUGUUUUUCAAAUUACGUAAUGGCACAGAAAAUCUGUAAAAAUAUAUUUGCUCAGUUCGGGUUAGACUAAGAUGCUUAAAAUGUUGAACUUAAAAGAACUCCCUUGCCGUAAUGUUUCAGUCAGACAACCUGUCAUUGAUUAAUUUCUAGAGUAUUUCGUUCCUGGGCUACGCACAAUGUACAGAUCUUACAGAUCUGGAUAGGUCAAAUUGUGUUUUUGUCAUCUAGAAGUCUUUCUUUUGUGCUAGAUUUCAGAUGCAAUGAAAGGUGUAAAUAUCAAAUGCACCUAAGUGUAUACUAUUAAAUUUAAAACUUUAAAUCACCAUAUGGGGUUUAAAAUGUGUAAUGUAUGAUUGAUAUAAACUUUUAGUAUUCCUGUGCCUUAGGCCAAUGGAAAUGUUUUUAAAUAAAACGGCCUAUCUUAACAGUCAAGGGAGCUUCAAGGAUUACCAGACGUUGACUUUUCUUGUUUUCCUUGCCAUAUAUACAAUCAAAUCAUUAUUGAACUUACAACUCAUUGAUAGGUUGUAUCAACUGCUGUUUAAGACUCCUUUUUCUAGAUCAACUUAUUCAAGCUUUAUUACAAAGACUAAAACUAUGUGUAUUCUUGACUUUGUGUAACGUCCUGUGUAGAAAGUGAUAAAGCAUACAUUUCACUGAAAUGUAGACAUAAAUAUUUAUUAAUGGUAAUCUUGGAAAAUUAUUGUAAUAAAUUUUUUUCCACAUGUACAAA